AGUUGUAUUCAUCUGCGGCUGCUUCAGCACCAUAAAACCCACACUUCUCCACCCACCAACUCACCAUGAAGUCCACCAUUCCUCUCCCACAAACUCACCUUCCUGCAAUGGCUUCAAACUCCAUGAGAAGAACCUCCGGCGGCCCAGAGCUCCUCCCUGAUUUACAGUCCGUUAACCAAUCCCUCUCCCAACCACCCAUCUCUCACCGCCGCAACGCUUCCCUCACCCUCCCAACCUCGAAUCCCUCUCCUCAUCCCCCCCACCUCCCCCUUCCCCAAUGGCAGAUCCCACAACACCUUCAAAACUCCCACCUUUCCCCACCUUUAAAGCAGAACAGAGGCAUCAGAAACUGGAAGCCGAUUCGGAUGCUAACCCACAUCGGAAUGCGGCGAAUCAGUUCCCUCUUCUUCGUUGAGCUCAUCGCUAUUCGCAAUCUGCCGGAAUCCAUGAACGGGCUCCGCCUCUCUGUUCAUGUUCGAAAGAGAGAGACAGGGGAUGGAGUGGCGCGCGCCAUGCCGAGCAGAGUUGUUCAUGGUUGUGCUGAGUUUAAUGAGUCGCUUUUCAUCCAAUGCAAUGUUCAUUGUAGUGGUGGAGGGGCGACAGGGAAGCCGGUGAAGCUUGAGUCUCGUCCGUUCUUAGUUUCGGUUGUGGCCGUCGAUGCGGCGGAGCUCGAGUUUGGAAGAACAAUGGUGGAUUUGAGCGAACUUAUUAGGGAGUCCAUGGAGGGAAGCUUGGCUGGUGCUAGAAUUCGGAAAUGGGACGCCGUAAUGGAGCUUUCGGGGAAGGCGGGUGGAGGAGAGUUGGGUCUGAGAGUUGGGUUUCAGCUCAUGGAUGAUGGAGGAGUUGGGAUAUAUAAUAGGUUGGAUGACAUGAAAAGAUCAAAAGGUAAAGGUUUGCUGAAUUUUUCUUCAGGGAGAGGAAGAAGGAAGUCCAUGAACUCAUUCAGUGUCUCAACUCUGGACUCCAGAGUAAAAAAAAUGUCUUUUUUGGAUCAAUCAAAGGUUGAAGAUUUCGACUUUCCAGAGUUUCAGAUAGUUGAGAAGGGAACUGAGCCGUUGGCAGGUGGAGAAGAUGGUAAUGGAGUAGAAAAAACAUCAGGUGAAGUUGUGAAGGAAGUAGUUCAUAACCGAGCUGAAAAGCAAUCUCGGUUGAUGGAGCUUGAUUCAAUCGCUAAUGAAAUCAGAGAUCUCGAGUCAAUGAUGAGUAAAAAUUUGAUCUUUACGACAAACACAGCAGAAAAAGAAGAAAAGGAGGAGCUUGAUUCCAGUGAGGAGACUGUGACGAAAGAGUUUCUUAAAAUGCUUGAUACAGAAGCUAACAGCAAGCAGCUGAAAGCUGAAAUUUUUGUAGAAGAAGAUGAGAACCAGGAGAUAAAGGCUCUUCUUCCUUCUCUUGGUAAUGGUUUGGGCCCUGUAAUUCAGACAAAGGAUGGAGGUUUCAUGGCAUCAAUGAAUCCAUUCAACGAAGAAAUAACAGGAAAAGAGGCACCAAAACUUGUUCUGCAAAUCUCAAAGCCUUUUGUUCUCAGAGACCUGAGACUUUCAAGUGGAUUGGAGGUAUUCAGGAGGCUGGCUGCUGUGGGUCUUGAAGAGCUGUGCUCCAGGUUGACCGUAAUGGCAGCCAUGGAUGAGUUGCAGGGUAAAACUGCAGAGAAAAUAGCCUUCGAAGGCAUUGCAUCCGCAAUUAUAAGCGGAAGGAACAAGGAAGGUGCAAGCUCAAUUGCAGCAAAGUCAAUUGUUGCUGUAAGGAGAAUGAUUUCAGCAAUGGGUGAAGAAAACAGAAAAGGAACAAGCUUUGAUGAGAACCGGAGCAUUAAAAAAGAUUCGAUUUUGCUUGAGGAGAUUCUGGCCUUUUCGAUUCAGAGGAUAGAGGGAAUGGUGCUAGAAGCUCUCAAGAUCCAAGCAGAUUUAGCUGAGGAAGAAGGUUCUUUUGAUGUCUCUCCACUAACAGGAACAGAAAGUUCUCAUCAAAUAUUGGAUUCAGCCAUUUCCAUUGAUGAACAAGAGAGAACUUUUGAAGAAAACAAGAGACUAACGCUACUAAUGAUCAUUCAGCUGAGAGAUCCAGUAAGGCAAUAUGAGGCCGUUGGGGCUCCAUUAAUUGCUGUAACACAAGCCAUUAUGGCAGAUAAUGAUGAAGAAGAUGAAGAGGAAACAAGAUAUAAAGUGAUCAGCAUCCAUGUCGGAGGUUUGAAGGUGGGAUCUGGAGAGAAGAGGACUGCUUGGGAUGGGGAGAAGAGCAGGUUAACUGCAACUCAAUGGCUGGUGGGAAAUGGGAUGGGAAAGAUGGGUAAGAAGAGCAGGACUCCUAAAUCAAAGUUGCAGCAGGAUUUGUUGUGGAGCUUGUCUUCCAGAAAAAUGGAGGACAUGUGGUUGAGUUCAGUGAGAAAUCCAGAUGUGAAGAUUGCUUAGGAGAAGGAAAAAAUAUUGCACAAGGCUUAGAGCUGCCUCCGAAUAAUGGACGUUAUGCAGUUGGGAGCUCGGAUCUUCGUUAUAUCAUGUUCGUUGUCUAGACGAAGCGGACUCCUGACACAAUAUUUUCUUGCUAUGUUUUAUGUAUGAAUUAUCUGUUUUAUUACUGUAAUUAAGAUGAGAUUAGUCUUUCUAGAUUUAUAAUUAUGGG